UCCUCCCCACCCCAACUACCCAGGAGUUAAAGGUUGUCUUCUGUGCUCAGUGACUUCCCUCUUUGGUUUUUGGACAAACAUCAGCUCCUGCCCUGCGCGCCUUAACCUCAGCCUCCCUGACUGACCCAGUGCUCCAGACUCUGCUCCAAGGAUCCACAGAUCACGGCUCCUCAACUCCAUCCAGGAUGCGGUGUCAGGAUCUCCACCAGUUUGGUCAGAAGCUGGUCCGCAGGCGGCCCCUAGAGUCCACCGAGGAUUCUGAGAGUCCCGCGGCUCCUCUGAACACCGUGAAGCUGGUGGCCUUCGGUGUGGCCAGCACCCUGGGGGCCGGCGUGUACAUCCUGGUGGGAGAAGUGGCCAUGUUCAUCGCUGGACCAGCGAUUGUCAUCUCCUUCUUGGUGGCUGCUGUGUCUUCUGUGUUGUCUGGGCUCUGCUAUGCCGAGUUUGGGACACGUGUCUCAUGGACCGGUUCUGCGUAUCUCUACAGCUACAUCAGUGUGGGAGAACUGUGGGCUUUCGUCACUGCCUGGAACCUCAUACUGUCCUAUGUCGUUGUCACAGGCAGCGUGGCCAGGGCCUGGAGCAUCGCCUUCGACAGCCUGAUUGGAAACCACAUCUUUCAGGCCUUAGAGGGAACUUUCUCUCCAUAUAUGCCCUACUAUCUGACCAAGUAUCCAGACUUUGUCGCCCUGUCCCUGGUGCUGUUGCUCACAGGAGUACUGGUUCUGGGAGCUCGUGAGUCAGUCCUGGUUGGAAAAAUAUCCACAGGCAUCAACCUUUUGGUUCUCAGCUUCAUCAUCGUCUCUGGCUUCAUUAAGGGAGACCUGCACAACUGGAAGCUCACGGAACAGGACUACACAUUGAACACGUCUGAAUCCGGUGACAUCUAUAGCUUGGGCCCUCUGGGUUCUGGAGGGUUUGUGCCCUUCAACUAUGAUGGAAUUCUCCAUGGAGCAGCUCUAUGUUUCUACUCGUUUGUGGGUUUUGAUGACAUUGUCACUAAAGGGGAAGAAGCCCCAAAUCCUCAUCGCUCCAUCCCCAUCAGCAUCAUGUCCACGGUCUUCAUCUGCUUUUUGGCAUAUUUUGGUGUCUCGGCGACUCUCACCCUCAUGGUGCCCUACUACCAGAUUCAGCCUGACAGCCCCUUUCCGCAGGCUUUCCUCCAUGUUGGGUGGGGCCCUGCCAGAUAUGUCGUGGCUGUUGGCAUCCUCUGUUUUCUUUUAUACAGACUGCAGAGCUCCUUGUUCCCCGUGCCUCAGGUGAUCCAAGAAAUGGCAGAGGACGGGCUCCUAUUCCGAGGACUUGCCCGGACCCAUGCCCGCAUGAAGACCCCCAUCAUGGCCACCGUGUCCUCUGGAAUUCUUGCAGGGAUCAUGGCAUUGCUCUUUGAGUUCAGUAAUCUGGUGGACCUCAUGUCGAUUGGACACCUGCUGGUUUACUCCUUGGUGGCGUUUUUUGUCCUUGUCCUCAGGUACCAGCCAGACUGGAAUUUAAGCAAGAAUGAGAAUACAGAAGACAAAGUUCAGAUGAAGCCUCUAGUCAAGGAAAAUCCUUUGGACUCUGAACCUGAAGCAGGGAGCUCAAAGACUCUAAAGGUUCUGUGGUUGCCUGUCAGCACCACCCCCACCCAGAAAUCUGCCCAGAUUGUCUAUGGAUGUGCCUUCCUGCUUGUUCUUCUGCUGACCAUCCUGAGCCUGAUCCUGGCCCAGUGGCCCAGCCAGGUGUUCUCUGGAGACCCCGUGCUCACAACAGUGGCUGUGCUGCUGCUGCUGCUCACCACUGGGGUCACGGUCAUCAUCUGGAGGCAGCCCCAGGACCCCUCUCCUCUUCCAUUCAGGGUCCCUGCUCUGCCUGUCCUCCCACUGGUCAGCAUCUUCGUGAAUGUUUACCUGAUGAUGCAGACGACCUCUGGGACCUGGGCCCUGUUUGGCAUCUGGAAUGCCAUUGGAUUUCUCAUAUACUUUGGAUACGGGAUCCAACACAGCCUGGCAGGGAACAAUCAUCAACAGCCACCAGCCACCAGCCUCCACCUCCCAGACUCUUGACAAAAACACCCCCGGUGUUGAGUCAUCUUAACCACAGGAAGUAGAUGCUGCAUGGAAUCCCUCCAUGCCCUGGAGGAUCUGCUGGUGCAAGGGACACUGUGAGCCUCGGUGGAGUGUGAAGGUGGAGGCAUCUAAAGCCCUGUAUUUGUUGCUUGUGGAGAAAGUGACUGGACCAUUGUGCAAUUUUCGGUAAACUUUUAAAAGCAUACUUAUAAAUGGGUGUUUCAUAAGUGUGCAGCAAGAUGAAUUUUCACAAAGUACCACAAUGUAAGCAGCAACUAGAGGAAGAAAUAAAUUAUUAUGGACAGAUUAGAAGCACCUUCUUGUACUUAUUUUUAAGAAGAACACAGAGACUGCCUCAUUGGAAGAAAACUCAGGUGAGGACGAAUUAUGUGAAGAGUUAUACUCCAGGAACUUCCCUGGCACUCCAGUGGCUAAUACUCCACGAUCCCAGUGCAGGGGGCAUGGGUUCGACCUCUUGUUGUGGAACAAAACCCUGCAUGCCCAACGGUGUAGCAAAAAAAAAAAAAAAAAAAAAAAAAAAAAUUGGUUUAAGAAUGACUGGCUUCCUCCCCUAGCUUCCCCUUAUUAAAAUGCAGGUGGACCACAUGGGCAAGACAAUCUCUUGUUGCAGGUGGGUCACUCGAGCAAGACAGUGUCCUGGAGAUAAUAGGAAGUCAGCAGGCUUGCAGCAAUGGAAAAAUGACCAUGACUUCCUGCCUUAACGAUUAGCUGAGACUUUUUUCCAUUUAAAGAUGGUCAUGGCUGAGCAGAUCUCUCAUGGAUGCAAGUCAACCUUUCCCUCAGAUCACUGACUUUUUUGAAUAAAGCAUCUUUCUUCUCAAUGAAA